AACUUUCAACCAUUCUUAAUCUACACUACACUUUUUUUUUCCAACAACUUAGACUUGAACUUGAAUUUGAUACUAUUUUAAAAUUUUGUCACCUAUAAAGACUCUAUCUCAUUUAAUACGAAAGAUUUCAAUUUAAAUGCAUAGAGGUAUUUAUGUUUCUAUUACUUUCAAGUUGCUUAUAUGAAUUUGUCACUAAUGACAAUAUUGCUACCACUGCUUCUGUUACUUUUGCUUAUGACCUUUGGAAAUUGUCAUGACAGCAGUACGUCAUCCAUUAUAUGCCCCUACCGUCUAUCUUGUUCUCAUCACAUGAAUCAGAUAAUUGAAUUUCCCUCACUUCCAAAUCCAACAAGAUUCCACGUUAUUGACAUAGAUUGUCAAUCUCAACAAUUAUACAUAUCUCACCCACAAAACUGUUUUUCUAAUUUUUUUUUACAAAACAACUUUUCAUUAUUUUAUCCUUUCGAAGCAGGUGACCCAGUUACCAACAACAACAUCACUUUCUUCAACUGUUCUAAUUCAGUUGCGAAACAUCAUCACCAUCUCAAAAGCUUCGAACAAUAUACAUACUACGAUAAACAAGACAUGUUGUCCUGUCCGAUUUAUUUCGCAGAUUCGACCGAAAGCGUCGUGGAAUUGGACUUAUUACACUGCACAAGAAUGUUUGUUAAAGUUUUGCCAGUACUAGCCAGUGAAUUAAGGGUAAACGAUCCAGUUCUAUCAUUAAAGUGGUCCGAAACAAAUUUUGACAGUCAAUGUUUAGAACAUGAGCUACAUAAAAAUUCAAAAAAGCACACAUCCAUUAUUUUAGCAACAACAGGGGCAAUUGUUGGUUCAACUGUCAUGGUUAUUUUCAUUGGUCUUAUCUUUCGAGUAUACCUCUAUUUUAGGAUCAAAGGUGAAGAUCAAAUUAGACUUGAAAACUUUUUGAACGAUUACAAAGCUUCAAAGCCAACUAGAUUCUCUUAUGCUGAUAUCAAGAGAAUUACAGAACAGUUCAGGGAAAAGUUAGGUGAAGGAGCUCAUGGAGCUGUUUACAAAGGUAAUUUGUCGAGUCAAAUUCAAGUGGCUGUAAAAAUUCUUAAUAAUACAGAGGGAGAUGGGAGAGAGUUUAUAAAUGAAGUAGGAACUAUGGGAAAAAUUCAUCAUGUUAAUGUUGUUCGAUUGCUUGGUUUUUGUGCUGAUGGAUUUCACCGUGCUUUAGUCUAUGACUUUUUUCCAAAUGGUUCGUUGCAGAAAUUCAUUUCUCAUCCCAGCAACAAAGAUAGUUUCCUUGGAUGGGAUAAGUUGCAACAUAUUGCUAUAGGUAUAGCCAAUGGAAUUGAGUAUCUUCACCAAGGUUGUGAUCAAAGAAUUCUUCACUUUGACAUCAAUCCUCAUAAUGUUUUGUUAGAUGACAAUUUCAUUCCAAAAAUAUCAGACUUUGGUUUGGCGAAAUUGUGCUCCAAAAAUCAAAGUAUUGUAUCUAUGACUGUAGCUAGAGGAACAUUAGGGUACAUGGCGCCUGAAGUUUUUUCUAGAAACUUUGGAAAUGUAUCUUAUAAGUCUGAUAUAUAUAGUUAUGGUAUGUUGUUGUUGGAGAUUGUUGGAGGAAGAAAGAAUACAUCUACUAAGACAACCACAAGUGAAGAAAAUUUCCAAGUUCUAUAUCCAGAUUGGAUCCACACAUUGCUUGAAGGAGGAGACAUUCAAAUCUCUAUAGAUGAAGAUGGAGAUUUUAGAGUUGCAAAAAAAUUGGCAAUCAUAGGACUUUGGUGCAUCCAAUGGCAACCUAUGCAUCGUCCUUCCAUGAAAACUGUGGUGCAGAUGCUGCAAGGAGAUGGAGACAAGUUAAAAGUUCCUUCCAAUCCUUUUAUUGCUUCGUCUUCAACUAAUACAAGCACAAAUUCUGCUAUUGGAUGUCUCAAUUUAGAGCUAGAUGUGAUUCAAGAAUUAGACUAGCCUAUUACCUUUUUUACAUUGUAUUAUUGUUACUAUGUGCAACUAUGAAUUGAUAUAAUUUGUUUUUUUGUAUUGUUGAUCAAGUAUCGUAAAACAAGUUAAAGUCUCUUGAGAAAAAUAAGAGAAUUAAUCCACUAAAAUAAUCUAUACUAUAAAGUAGGAUUAAA